AUGUCUGACUCAUCAGAGAGAACACCGAAUAGAAAAUGGAAAAGCUUUACCAAGAAUUGGGAAUUUAAAAUCGCGAUAUUUGUGAUUCUUUAUUUUGUAUUUUCACAUUAUGUGUUGGAAAACACACAUACCGUUAGGGAAAGGGGUUUACGCAAGCAUUUGAAAGUGAUUCCAGAGGAGGUCAUCGCCUAUUACGGUAAACAGCCAUUGGAUGACCCAGAAAAGUUAGCAUACGUGCAAUACGCAACUAACUAUGACUAUCUUAACUUGGCAAUAAUGAACUUUGUUCAUCUUCGCAAAGGAAAUACCCAAGUUCCCAACUUGGUUAUCUUAUACGACGAGAUACUUCAGCACUACGCUACUGACAGGUGGAAUAAUUUGUACCAGUUGGCAAAUCAAUACAAUAUUACAUUAAAGUCUGUCGCUUUAAUCAAGGUCGACUACAAUGACGAUACACCGUGGGCAGCAUCUUUUACAAAGUUUCACGUGUUCAAUCAAGUGGAGUUUGAUAGAGUUGUUUUCUUUGACUCGGAUUCAAUGCUAGUGAAGCCAGAAUACAAAGAUGGUGAGAUAUCUAGCACUUAUUCGAAUAUCGAUGAGUUAUUCAAAAUACCGAAAGAACUUGAAUUUGUCUUGCCACAGGCAUAUUGGUUGAACAAUGUGGUUGAAGGUAAAUCUCCUUUGAAAUACAGAAAGAAGUUGGAAAUCCCCGACAACAGAAGAUAUGGGUUGAGGAUGAGGAAAUUAGUUAAUGAUAUUUCUGAUACCAAGGAUUGGAGGCUAUUGCCCCUGUUGAUAUUCGAGGCACACAAAUUCGAUAACCCCAUCAAUUUCUUUGCCAACCACGUUAUGGUGGUUACGCCCUCCAAAACUACUUUUGAUCGUAUAAUGGGAUACGUGCAUAAUCCCAUCCACUGGUCGCUAACCAAUAGACAAAACUUGAGAAAGAAAUCGGAAUAUGAUAUGGAAAUUUUGAACAAGUACUUGGAUAAUGAACUCAAAAAGGGAAAUACCAAUGUAGGGAUUCUACCACAUCGAGUUUACGGUGUGCUAACGGGAGAAUUCCGUGAACAAUGGCAUGAAAGGUUUGUGGUUGAACCUCAAUAUUUACCUUUCAUCAAAAAGCGUUCUAAUCAUGGAUGGGAUCCGAAAAAGACACUACAAAAGAUAAAAUUGAUUCAUUUUUCAGAUAGUCCUAUACCAAAGCCAUGGGAGGUGGAUGAUGACGAGGACGAGGAUUACGACCACCAUUAUAAUGCUAAAUUGAUUUAUUGCAAGACUGGGAACAUGACGGAAUAUCGUAGAAAGUAUUCUCAUUUCAAGCCUCGACUUGUUGAUGAUUGCGAUAGUGUUGAUAUUUGGAACUGGUUCCGGAAGCAAUUGAUUAGAGACCAAGAGGGUUUGUGGUAUAGUAAGUAG